AUGUCCAACUCGGUUGACGUCCAGUUCGAUGUGAGCAACCUGACACUAUUGGGUUUGGGAUCCUUCACGACAGUGCUCGGUGCACUCUCCGCAGACGAUGUGCAACCUACGGCCAUGAUCCAGCUGGAAAAGCUGGGUGCUUCAUUUCCUAUCAGCGGACCGCUCAGGGCACAGAUCCCCGAUCACCUCCAGCGAUGCAGAAGUCGACGUUUGGAACGCCUCGGUGUGACCAUCGGCUGGAAGAAGGGUGAUGCUGCUUCUCUGAUGUCCCACUCGUCUGGUGGACAAGCCGUUGCGCUGUUGGCAACAUGUCUCGAGAAUGUGUACGGCGACGAUUCCACGGCGACCAUCUUCUACAAACUUUCCAAAAUCUUGCUACCGAACUCCGCCCACCUCAGCAGUCCUAAGCAGUUGCAACGAGCCACUGUGAUCCUUUCUCAAAAGCUAGGAGUUAUUGGAUUUGGGACCAUUCUUGCUAAGGAGGUGUGUCGUAUACACGAGGCUUAUGGAUACUUUCCCCAGAAAGCACCGCCGAGCCUUUUGUCAACGUUGAGCCAGGACGGAAUGGUUGAUAUCUUGUCCAAAUUCUCCCGAGCUAUACGAGAAGACAAAUGCAUUGUUCGUGUACGAGGUUGCGCCAGUAUAGCAUACAUUACAGCACUUGCUGUGACUGUAUUCUCCGAUGAUUGUAUUGUCACAGUCGAAAACUUGAUCAUUCAUCAAGGAUCCCGGUCUUCCUCUAUUACCAUCGAAAUCACGGAUUCUCUCGGGCACAAGGCGCUUCAAGUGCAACUUAUGGGGAAGAUUGAAUCACUUUUUGAUAUACCCGUAAGGCCUACUCAGCCUUCGCGUACGUUGAAAUUCUCUCGAGAAGCUCCUUUCGCUGCAUACAUGCAACUCUAUCUGCAAGAAUGGGGACUUAUUUGUUCGCCAUCUGCCCUCAUAGCAAUGGGUGUCUGUAUCCUCUCCCUCUCAGACUUGAUUUUCAUAUCCUUGGGUGAGCGCUCCGGAACGCGGUCACAUGUUUCAACCAAUCUCUUCGGCUUGCUUUUUGGUGAGCGUUCCCGGUCUACUCUUCACCAACGCUGUGAGACUGCACUGGGAGUUUCAUUGCCCUUCAAAUGGCCGUCUUUUUCGGAAACAUUGCUGCAGCUGAAAAAGUCUCUCGCAAAGUCAAACCAAGUAAAGAACUUCGCAUCACUUGUCGACAAUACAAACUUCCACGGUGACCCAUCAGAUGCACUUCUUCGUAUUAUAGAUGAAGGAGUUGCAAGCAUGGCAGUACUUCCUCACGAGGGAUCUAUCUGGCAAGCCCAUUCUGAUCGCGAGAUCUGGUAUCCCUCUGAUGCGGUUCAAAACCGGGGCGUCAAACAGGUUACAUUGACCCCAAGAGAAGUUUUGUACAAGUUAUUCUCUUGGGAUGAUAUGAAUUUGGUCGUCAAAUCACAAGGCACAACAACCCUUGUUCCAUCCAGUAUCCUGCACCUCGGCAGUAAUUUGAACGACCUGAACGAUAACCGUGGUCUUGAGCUUAUGGACGGGCUUGUCUAUCAUGAGAAUCGAUACCACAGCCGAGUUUUUGCCGAGAUCGAUUACAAUCUCUGGACACAACAAUCUAAUCAAUCUUGUUCGAAGAUGACACCAGUGGACGUUGUCUAUCCAACCAAGGAUGGUGUUCACUCGGGCCUCUCAUUGGCAAUUUUAGAGCAUAUUCAAGGAUUGGCAUUAGAAUGUUCUGUGACUGUCGGGGGAGAGAAGAAAUCUAUCAAUCUUCGAGAACGGGUGGAUCAACUCUUUGGACUUCUCGAUGCUUACCCUUGCAAGCAUUCAAGAAAGGCCCCUCUGAGGAAAGAAUACGUGGGUAAAGUACAGACCAAUUCAGUUCUGACAGCCGAUGGACGAUCCGGUGAUCACAUUUCAAUCGUGCAGACAGCUGGAAAUCCAACUGCGCAGUUCUUGUCCUUGACGAAAUGGGAAUCUGCAAUCCUCUGCAGCAGGUGUUGUCUGAACUGUGCAUACGAGCAAGCUCGGGAGAAGGAGAUUCAUAAGAUCAUUGUCGCGUGA